AUUCCUGUAUUAACGCAACAAAAAUGGAGGUUUGUUGGGCACGCUGAAUGAACACCGGUGUCGAUCAAAAAACGUAUGUUAAAAAGAGUGUUUCUAAUAAAAGAUAAGAACAUUAUUUAAUGUUCGAUACAACAACGGGUACAACAAUUUGAGUUCGACAGAAUGAGCGACAAUCUGGAAAAACUGUACGAAAAGUACAAUAUUCUGUCAGAUGCCAAGGAUAAAGUUACACAGCACUCGAAUGAAUACAUUGAAUCGAUUGAAGGCAUCAAAGGAAAUGAAAGCGAGAAAAUGUUGGCAGCUCAAAUUCUGUCGAAAUUUUUCAAACAUUUCCCUUCUCUGCAAGACAAGGCUCUGAAUGCGAUGUUGGAUUUGUGCGAGGACGAAGAAACUAAAAUUCGAGCAUGUGCCAUGAGGUAUCUUGUUUCGAUUGUUAAAGAUGUCAAAGAACAUCUGACUAAAGUCACUGAUAUUCUCGCCCAGAUGAUGCAGUUGGAAGAACAACGUGAUUAUACAACAGCGUCUUGGUGUCUGUUACAGUUGUGGAAAGAGGAUUCGGUAAAUGUUCUUCGCACGAUGUAUAACCACAUUCGAUCAUUGAGUAAUGCAGCAGCUAGGGUGAAAUGCCUAGAGUUUAUUCAGUCAAAGUUUGUAAAGCCUAUUGAAAGUCAGCCUACAGAAAUUGAAAGUAUUGUAGUCGAAGAGUCAAAGAAAUUGUUGCAGGUGGAUGAUAUUAGUUCUGAUGAAAUAGUUAUGGUGAUAAGCUGUUUAAAGAAAACCAAGUACGGAAAGACAGCCGCCGGUCAACAAGAACUCCUUGAUUUUAUUUCCGAAAUUAUGGAAUUAGACAGAGACUUUGACCCCUUAGAAGACGGCAUUGUUGACAGAGUUAUUGUGUGUACAACGCACGCCUUAUCUCUAUUUUCAGGAAAAAAUGAAUCCACCAAGUUCGUCGCCUAUUACUGUGACCAAAUUUUUCCCCAGUGGGACAAAAUAGCAACUCUCGAGCAAGGCGAACUAUUCCAACUACAACUCCUUCGACAUUUAGCUGAACUGAGCAUAUAUUGUGGAAAAUUUGAAAACCCGUCGCUUCACGUCGUCCAAAUUUUUGACAAAAUCAAGCUUUACAUGCCACCCCCGCCUGAAAACGCCGACGUUUACAAAAUGCCCAACUUGGAAUUUUCAUUCGUUGAAUGUCUGUUGUUUGCUUUCCACCGUUUGGCCCGACAGUGUCCUGAUUUUCUCACUCAUGAUCCACAAAUAUUGAAAGAUUUUAGGGCUCGUUUGGUUUACUUUUCUAGGGGCGUGCAAGGAUGUAAUAAGGUUGUCACAACAAAGUCGAGCGAAAGUCUGGAUGCUACGAAUGCGGCGAAAGCGAAAAUCGCACCGUCGUUGCUUAACAACAUAAAUGUUUUGAUUAAAGAUCUGUUCUAUCAGCCGCCAAUGUACAAAUGUAAUAUCACGUUGUCUUUCAAGCAGGAGUCGAUAGAAAAAGAACUGAAAAAACCGUCAAGUGCAAGCGGCCAGAAAAGGCACGUCCCUAUCACUUUUGAUAAUGCGUCAGGACCCAAGCAGAAUCGACCUAACCGAUCAGGAGAUAACGUGAAAUUGUAUACACCGCCCAGCGGGAAAUUUAGCAACAAUUUUCAGAAUUAUGAUCGAGGCAAUCCGAGAAAUCGCCCCCGAGGACGCGGCAUCAGAGGACGAGGCUCCGGGCGAAAUUGGAGAAACUGAGUUUUAUAAAAUUUUGUGUGUUGUAUUGGAGCAGUAUUGCAAGAAUAGCCAUUUGAAUUUAUUUUAAAACUGACUUUUUAGUAAUCAGCAAGUAUUUUUACAUGUUAGCAUCUUGUAAAUAGGUUACAUUUUCUGAAACUGGCUAUCUUUAAGUGACAAAAUGGAUUUGUGCUGACUAUUUGUUUCUGAAUACAUCAGAGUUCUAUCA